AAUGAUGGCUUGCUCUAGGAUAGAUGCAUACAUCUUGCAUUUGAAACUCAUUCUGGCUGAAGACAAUUCCUUCUGAUUUUAAGUCCAGCCAAAAAGAUCAGUUCUAUCAGGAGAUUACAACAUGCCUCUGAGAAAUGAUUACUUAGUUUAGAAGACAGCACGGCAAUUAAAAAUUCAUGAGUAUAGAAUUAAAAAAAAGAACCCACUCUUUCCUUCCAGGCUUAUGUCAGACUUGCAAUGAAGUUAGAAUGAACAGGAGUCUGCAGCUUUUCAAUAGCUGGGAUAACUACAGUUUAAAGAUCAUUGUGUAAAAUAGGAUUUUAGUCAGCAUAUAUUGUUUCAAAGUGUUUAACUGAUAGUCAAAAACUUUAUUUUGUAUUUUGGCAAUCUUUGGAAUUUUGUUUUGCAGAAUUUAAAAAAAUGAAUUUAUGAUCUUCUGGAAAGGGCUUCCCCUCAAUCCCACUUCAUGGCAUGACCUCUGCUGGGUCAUUAAUUCUAGCCAGAGAAGUAGCAACGGAACAUAACGUCUGAGACCUCCCUUCCCUGAUCAGUGGGGCUGACUGAGCUAGGGGCGUGAAGCUGGGGGUAACCUUUCCUGUCGAAUGUUCUCUUUAGAGAAUGGCAAUGGUCUCUGCGAUGUCCUGGGUGCUGUAUUUGUGGAUAAGUGCUUGUGCAAUGCUACUCUGCCAUGGAUCCCUUCAGCACACCUUCCAGCAGCACCACCUGCACAGACCAGAAGGAGGGACGUGUGAAGUGAUAGCAGCACACAGAUGUUGUAACAAGAAUCGCAUUGAGGAGCGGUCACAAACAGUAAAGUGUUCCUGUCUACCUGGGAAAGUGGCUGGAACAACAAGAAACCGACCUUCCUGUGUCGACGCCUCCAUAGUGAUUGGGAAAUGGUGGUGUGAGAUGGAGCCUUGCCUAGAGGGAGAAGAAUGUAAGACACUCCCUGACAAUUCCGGAUGGAUGUGCGCUACAGGCAACAAAAUUAAGACCACAAGAAUUCACCCGAGAACCUAACAGAAGCAUCUGUGGUAGUAAAGGAAAACCAACCCUGCGGAAAAUACAUUUUGAGAGUUUAAAACAUCUUACACAUUUACAAGCCAAAUGGAUUUCUUAUUUGCACUUUGACUGGUUACCAGAUAAUCACAGUGCGUUUACUGUGUGUAUCAAAAUAUCCUACAGUGAGAAGACUCGGAGUUUUGGGCAACACCAUGGAAAGUGGGUUUUAAAAAAAGAGUUUUCUCAGUGAAAUUUUUUGGGAUCAUGAAGAACGAUCAAUCUCUUCUAAUUUGAAUCUACAGUUACUUUGUACCAUUUGAAAUACAUGUAUAUAUAUAAUAUUUUGAAAUAUUAUAUAUUUCUCUUCAAGAAACGAACAGUACCACAGUUUGAGAUGGCUGAUGUACCCCUUUGAGUUUUGGAUGUUUGGUCUGUUUUGCUUUGUUUUGUUUGUCAUUUCUUUUCUAUUGGCAAGGAAGAUAUGUGCCCUUUUGAGAAUUCAAGAUGGCGCUGACACUGGAAGGCCAGCUACAGGUGGACUCCUGGAAUAUGAGGCAUCAUAACGAUACUGAGUCAAGAGCUUCCUUCUGUUUCUACUAGAUGGCCCAAGGAAGCGCAUCAUCCUGUUUUAUUGCUUUCUACCCUGUGCAAUAUUAGCAUGCAAGCUUGACUUACAUAACCAUACUUUAUAUUCAAUUGAUAUAUAAUAACCGUUCUAACCUCUUCCAGGAAAAUAUUUUUAGAACUACUAGCUUUUCCACAUACACGAAAAUGAGGAUUCUUGAGGGAGCUGCUCUACCAUGCUAUUAAGACUCUGGCAGAGUUAUGUUAGGAUAUGGAUCCCUGUAUUAAUAAGUCCUGUAAAUACAACAUCUUAAGGCUUUGUAUAGCUGUCCUAGACUGCAGAAAUGAUCUCCAAUUAAAUCCAAAGUCUGGCAUCAUUAACUACAUAGUGCUGUAGCCACAAUCUUAUCAUAGCGCCUCUUUCUAUGUUUGAUUUGCUUUUUCCAAGAGUAUUCAGAUAUCCUCUGGUGAGAUAGGAAGGCUAUGAAAGCAAUUAGGUUUCAGAAUGAUCUAUGUGACCAAAUGUUGGACAGCCCUAUUAAAGCAGUAAAUAACUUCUUUCUAAA